AUGGGUGAACAAGACGAUGGAUUGGGGUUGAGCCUGAGCUUGAGGUGCCCGGAAAAUCAGAAUCACGACCGUCCAUCGCCGCUGCCGGCUGCUGCCUCCUUCCCCCUGAACCUUUUCCGGUCGCCGCUACCUUUCAUUUCCGGCCAGCAUAGAACAGCCGUGUGUGAAAUUUCAGAUCUCCGGCCGGGGCCCUCCAUGCCGUUUUACCGGGGUAUCGACGUGAACCGGCCGAUUACGGCGGCGGAGUGCGAGGAGGAGGUCAUGGCGUCGUCGUCUCCUAACAGCACGGUGUCGAGCCUGAGCGGGAAGAGGAGCGAGCGGGAAGAGAACGACGGUGAGAGGGCGUCGAGCUCUUUGGAGAUCGACGACGACGGCGGCGACGGGGCCGCCGGGAGGAAGAAGCUCCGCCUGUCCAAGGACCAGGCGGCGGUGCUCGAGGAAACGUUCAAGGAGCACAACACACUGAAUCCGAAGCAGAAAAUGGCCCUUGCUAAGCAGCUGAAUCUUAGGCCAAGACAGGUGGAAGUGUGGUUUCAGAACAGAAGGGCAAGGACAAAGCUGAAACAAACAGAAGUCGAUUGCGAAUAUCUGAGACGAUGUUGCGAGAAUCUGACCGAGGAAAAUCGACGGCUACAAAAGGAAGUUACCGAGCUCCGAGCACUGAAACUUUCCCCACAAUUCUACAUGAACAUGAGCCCCCCAACUACCCUUACCAUGUGCCCUCAAUGUGAACGUGUGGCUGUCUCGUCAUCCACGACAGCUGGCGGCUCAGCCUCUGCCGCUGGCCGCCAGCCAUCGACGGCCCACCACCACCGGCCUCAGCCAGUCGGCUCGUGGGCUGCUGUGAUUCCGCCACAAGCCCUUGAUUCUCACCGCCCGAGAACGUGA